AUGCAUCCGCUGCCUAUUGUCUCCAUCCAGAUAGGCGUGAUGAUGGCCCCGCCCUGGCUGUCCGGUGUUCUUCUCUGUGUGAUUGGCUCAGUCCUGGCUUUACCACCCACGGAGCCACCGUUGAUCCAUGGUCAUCCCUUUGUGGUCUUAUGGAACGCUCCCACUGACCGAUGUGAACAACUGCACAUUCCACUGGACACAGCAGCGUUCAAGGCGGUGACCACACCUGCAGCUGUGCCCGGCCAGUUCCUGACCAUCUUUUAUGAGGACAGGCUGGGUCUUUACCCCAAAUUUGACAUCAAGAAGCAAAAGAGCUACAAAGGUGGUGUUCCUCAGAAUGUCAACCUGACAGAGCAUCUUGCCAAAGCCCAGAGUCAAAUAGAUUACUACAUUUCCCACGAUUCCGCGCCAGGACUCGCUGUCAUUGACUGGGAGUCCUGGCGACCUCUUUGGGACCAGAACUGGGGAUCAAAACGCAUUUAUCAGAAGUUGUCUCUCACUCGUGCUUUACAAAUGGCCCCACAUUUGUCAUCAAAGCAAAUUUCUAAUAUGGCGAGGGACCAGUUUCAGCUAGCUGGGCGGCGCCUCAUGGAGAAGACGAUCAGCCUUGGGAUUGGUGCGCGACCAAGCCGCCGUUGGGGUUUCUACCUGUUCCCCGACUGCUUCAACUAUGGAUGGGAGAAGCAAAACUACACAGGGAAGUGUUCCUCAAAGAUUCAGAAGCAGAACAACCAAAUGAUAUGGCUCUGGGAGCGAAGUUCCGCCCUUUUUCCCUCCAUCUACCUCCACCUUAGCCUGAGGAACUCCCCCCAAGCUGCCCUCUACGUUCGCCAUCGUGUCCAGGAGGCGCUUAGAGUGGCAGCUCUCCCAAAGCGGGCCUAUACGGUGCCAGUCUAUGUCUACUCCAGGCUGCUCUACCGGGAUCAGACCAAGAAGUUGGAGAGCCAGAUGGAUCUGGUCAGCACUGUGGGAGAGUCUGCAGCUCUGGGAGCUUCUGGGGUCGUGAUGUGGGGAGCCACAAAAGACUACAGUAAUAAGGUUUCCUCCGGCUGCUGUGCCGGGGGGGGGGGCCGCUGCGUGCGGCGGGACCCUGACUCCCCCCACUACCUGCACCUGGACCCCCAGCGCUUCCGGCUGCUGCUCGCCGGCGGCAGGUACGCGGCUGUGGGUGUCCCGGCGGCGGAGGACCUGCAGGCCUGGGCGGAGGCCUUCACCUGUCAGUGCUACGCCGGGGGGGGGUGCCCCCCCAGACCCCUGCCCCCCCCCUCCCUCACAGUCAUCAACCUCUGA